AGCCACAUAGUCAACAACUACUACAUAGUGGCCAUCUCUCCCUUAUCCUCUCUAUUUGGUGGCUUCAGAACUCCGCUUCCAUUCCCCUUGGAUUCUUAUAUCUCUGUCCUUAGCUGCAAUCUUUCCCUUUUGUUAUCAUUAUUAGUUCCAUUCAAGGCCGGCAAAUCUCUCGAAAACCCAAUCGAUCUUUGAUCCGAAGCACCUUCCUAUGGAUUCCGAUCAUCCUGCCAGUGGAGAACGCAGCGCGCAGAGCCACAGGCAUCAGCCAAAUCCAUCGCAUCUCCUCUCCAGUGCCAAAGUGGUGGCCGACGCAGCCAGCUCUGCCUUCCGCCACGAGACCGACAAGGUCGAUAAGACGGUGGCGGCCGGAGCCGCCGCCGACUUGCUCGGCGCCGCAUCCCAUUACGCGAAGCUGGAGGACGGGAAGCUGGGGAAGUACGUGGAGCAAGCCGAGAGUUAUCUCCAUCAGUACCACUCGUCCCACUCCGCCCAUUCAUCCUCGGCUGCGGCGGCGCAUUCUUCUUCGACUCACUCCGGCGGCGAGGCCCAUGCUGAAGGCGGCGGCGGGUUGGAGGACUACAUGAAGAUGGCUCAGGGCUUCCUGAAGAAGCAUUGACAUCUCAUCCUCUACCUUCUGUGGUCUAUAUAUUCUGGAUGAUGAUUUUAGCCUGUGUAUUUGCUUCCAACGAUGUUGUAAUUUGUAUCGUACAAUGAACUAUCGUUAUGAAGGUAGAUCGAGUGGAUUUUUCUUCUA